GUCACAUCGGAGCCCUGUGCUCUUGGCCAGUUAACUUCUGGGAGCCCCAGAGUUCUUUGUUGAUACCUUUGGGGUAGCCCUGCUUGCACUGGUCCCUGGGGGGCUUAUGUGAAGGGGGAACCCACGUGCUCUGCAGCAAGGGCUGGAGCCAGGCUGCAGGGGAUGGGGGGUACCUGUAGCUGGGUGUCAGGAGGCCUCCCUGAAGCGGGGAUGUUGAGCUGGCAGGGAGAUGAGGAAGGACAACCCAGCCACAGAGACUGUGCCGCUGCCAAGGGCUCAGGCCCGCAGCUCAGGUUCCUUGGGCUGCUCAGAGGGAGUGCUCAGCUGUCUGGGCCACACUCUCCCUAGUGGGUUAGGCUCCAGUGCGGUUCACAGGCCAGCUCCCCAGGCCCCUUGGAAGAAGACCUCCUCCUCCGGGAAGUCCCCCUGCCUGCCCAGGCUAACCUGCUGACCCUCUCCUCGACCUACAGGAUACAAGAGGAGACCGCCGCCCAAGGUCACGACGCCCGCGGCCUCUCGCCGCCCGCGCACAACCGCCCGGGCAACAUUUCUGUGCCGCACCGACCCCGCCUGGCAUUACCGCCCGCCGGGGAGGCGCUACGGGGCCCCCGCCCACGGGAGCGCCAGGCUCCAGCGCCGCGCUGCAGAGGAGGGCAACCUCCCCAGCCGAGCCCCGGGCACCAGCGCGGCCAGGUCCCCUAGGUCCCCACCUCUCCUCCUCUCUUCCCCCACCCAGUUCCCGCCUUUGUCUUGCCAGCGUUCCCCAGGUGCCCGCCACCUCUCCUCGGUCCCCAGGCUUCCCCAGUCCCCCCAGAUUCCCCCAAGUUCCUCUACCUCUCCUCGGUCCCCCACCCGGUCCCCUCCUCCGUCCCUCAGCUCCAUCCAGGUCCCCCUCCUCUCCUGGGUCCCCGGCCCCACCCUCGAACCCCCACCCGGCGCUCUCCCGUCUCCCCAGCCCCCCGAGUCCCCCACCUCGCCUCGGCCCCGCCCCCGGCCCCCCGCGGUCCCUCCCGGCCGGCCGCCCUCGGCUCUGCGUACGAGGUGACGCAGGCCGCCCUCCCCGCCCGCCCGCCCGCGCCGCCGCCUGGCCGACUGCAGGGGCCGCUAACGGUCCCGCGCCCCUCGGUGUCCGCGCGCCCCCCCGCCCGGCUGACCAGCCGCGCCGGCGGCCAUGGGGGCUAGGAGGGCGGCGGAGCCGCUGCGCUCGGUGCUGUGGGUGAAGCAGCAGCGCUGCGUCGUGAGCCUGGAGCCCGCGCGGGCGCUGCUGCGCUGGUGGCGGAGCCCGGGGCCCGGAGCAGGCGCCCCCGGCGCGGAUGCCUGCUCCGUGCCUGUGGCUGAGAUCAUCGCCGUGGAGGAAGCAGACAUUCACCGGAAGAAUGGCAGCGGCGGCAGGUGGCAGAAAAUGGAGAAGCCGUCUGCGUUCACAGUGCACUGCGUGAAGAGAGUGCGGCAUCACCGCUGGAAGUGGGCACAGGUGACGUUCUGGUGCCCAGAGGAGCCGCUGUGUCACCUGUGGCUGCAGACCCUCAGGGCCAUGCUGGAGACGCUGACAUCAAGGCCGAAGCACCUGCUGGUGUUUAUCAACCCAUUUGGAGGGAAAGGGAAGGGCAAGAGGAUCUAUGAACGGAAGGUGGCACCGCUGUUCACACUGGCCUCCAUCACCACGGAAAUAAUCGUUACUGAACACGCUAAUCAAGCCAAGGAGACCUUAUAUGAGAUCAAUAUAGAUAAAUACGACGGCAUCGUCUGUGUCGGCGGAGACGGCAUGUUCAGCGAGGUGCUGCACGGCCUGGUGGGGAGGACGCAGAGGAGCGCUGGCGUGGACCAGAACCAUCCGCGGGCCGUGCUGGUGCCCAGCAGCCUCCGCAUCGGCAUCAUCCCUGCGGGGUCCACAGACUGUGUGUGCUACUCCACGGUGGGUGCCAGCGACGCCGAGACGUCUGCCCUACACAUCGUGAUUGGAGACUCCCUGCCCAUGGACGUGUCCUCGGUGCACCACCACGGCUCGCUGCUGCGCUACUCCGUGUCCCUGCUGGGCUACGGCUUCUACGGGGACAUCAUCAGGGACAGUGAGAAGAAGCGCUGGAUGGGGCUCAUCAGAUACGACUUCUCAGGUUUAAAGACCUUUCUCUCCCAUCACUACUAUGAAGGGACAGUGUCCUUCCUCCCUGCACAACACACAGUGGGGUCUCCGAGGGACGGGAAGCCCUGCCGGGCAGGGUGCUUUGUUUGCCGGCAGAGCAAGCAGCAGCUGGAGGAAGAGCAGAAAAAGGCAUUGUACGGCUUAGAGAGCGCGGAGGACAUGGAAGAAUGGCAAGUCGUCAGUGGGAAGUUUCUGGCCAUCAAUGCCACAAACAUGUCCUGUGCUUGUCGCCGGUGCCCCCGGGGCCUCUCCCCAGCUGCCCACUUGGGAGAUGGGUCUUGUGACCUCAUCCUCAUCCGGAAAUGCUCCAGGUUCAACUUCCUGAGAUUCCUCUUGAGGCACACCAACCAGUAUGACCAGUUUGACUUCACUUUUGUGGAAGUUUAUCGUGUCAAGAAAUUCCAGUUUUCAUCAAAGCACAUGGAAGACAAGGACAGUGACCUCAAGGAGCGGGGGAAGAAGCGUUUUGGGCAGCUGUGCGGCGAACACUCCUCCUGCUGCUGCCCAGUGUCCAGCAGCUCGUGGAACUGUGAUGGGGAGGUCCUGCAGAACACUGCCAUCGAGGUCAGGGUCCACUGUCAGCUGGUUCGCCUCUUUGCACGAGGAAUCGAGGACAACGCCAAGCAAGAAUCACGCAGCUGAGAGGCCGUCUACCCAUCGUCCAUCUUGCGCUUGGGAAGUGUGAAAAUUAUUUAAGAAAUUUACUACAGACCAAUUAUGUUGAUAUAUACAUUUAAAUUUAGAAAUUUAUUUUUGAUAGUUGAAUCUUGAUUUUAGAAAAAAUACUUUUUUGUCAACAAUUCUGUGUACAUAUCUGGCAUUUUAAGUUCUGUGUGCAUCUGUGGGCUGCGGUUCACCCAACUUACUCUCAGCAAGGCCUUCCUGUUGACCAGGGGCACUGGCUUCUUAGAUACUAGCAGUAUCAACCGUGUAGUUCUUAAAAUGGCCUGUUAGUGCUCUACUGCAAUAACUUUAGGGACAUUAUGAUAUGAGUGCUUUCCACAAAGGGCACACCAUCUGGGCAUGAGGGAACCCACUAUGCAGAUUCACUCUGUAGUUCGUUGUGUGUGGCCAAGUUUCGGAACACUGUGGGCUCUCUCUCCCUUAGUUUUGCCUUCACCUUAGUGUGUGGUUAGGACAGAGCAGCCUGAUCCUUGCUGUGCUGUGCAACGGCAGUGCAGCGCAGUCCUGCUGUGAGUGAUUCUGUGAAGGGGUACAUCCCCUGUGAAGGGCGCCAGGCACCAUGAGACGUGACCUCCAACCUCCAGGUCUCCCCCCAACCCAGCCCCGUCACAGUUGUAUCUCUGAGACCCCCCAGCAGGGGCAAGGACCUCUCGCUCUGUGGGCAUGUCAGGGCAGUGGGUGACGCACUGGCAAGAUUUGUUACUGUUUUAAAAUGUAAAACGGGGCUGCUUUGUGUCUACACAAAGUGCACCAUGUAGGGGGCCCUGUGGGGGGACAUGGGAAGCUGCACUCAGCAGGACAGGGCCGUCCCCAGGUGCCACUAGGAUCACCUCAGUGCAGGCCCUGAGCCUGGACACACAGUCCAGCUCUGUUCUCGUCUUCAUCUUGAGCUCUAUUUAUUGAUUGAACGUUUUGUCCUUUUAAGCCAGAGUAGUGUCAGUAGUGUCCUCCCCGACUCGCCUUUCAUUUUCUGCUGUCCCACGUGGGCAGCCGUGGCUGAGAGUCCUCAGUGCUGUAAUCACACUUGUGGGUGUGACAAGGUACAGGGGCAUGCCGCUCGUGCUUGGCUGUGUGAGGAGAGGGCAGGCCUGGCCGCUGCAGAGCGUGGGUGCAGACACCGCUCUCAGGGCGGGCAUCACUCGGGCUCCCUUGGCCAGUCUCAUGUUCAACAGUUAGCUCGGAUUUCCGGAAUUCCCUUUGUAGUGAUUUAUAUUUUGAAGUACAGACGCAACUCCUCAUUUCAUCAGCCCCAUACAGGUCAGCUAAGGGCAGCUUUCACAGCCUCUUGUUUGUUUCAGUGGACCAUGUUAUCCAAGACAGUUGUGCUGAUGUUGAAUGAAAGAUUUGAGUAAAAAGAGUGAAUGGACCCGGGCUGCUUCUACCUCUGUUGGGUCCUGGUUGGGAAGAAAACCAGGUGAUCGGGCCAGCAGCUUUGAGAGGGGCUGGCCCUGCAAGUGCCCAGUGGGUGGUGCCUUGGUCGCCCGUGCGGUACCAAGAGGGUGGUUUGAGGCUUUAGGCAGGCUGAGGAGGCUGAGGAGGCUGUGGAGUUCCCUUGGCUCUCUGGAGCUGAGCUGAAGAUUUAGCACAAGGUUUUCCCAAAUGACUCUCCAAAGUCUUCAUUGUUCCUGAAAAAGGUUUCCCACACAGUGGCUCUCCGUGAAACCCACUGCUCCACGGCCAGUUUGGGGAGAUGAGCACAGGCAAAGGGCACGUGUUUUGUGUUCCAUGGGAGACGCAGCUAUUGCACGUGGCCAGCUGCCGUGGUGGUCACCAACCGCACAUGGGCAUUCAGACUUGCCAAUCUUGGGACUUUUGUUGGGGUUCCAUGAGUGUCCAACACCCCGAAAGCCCCCUGAUACCUGCGCACACGAUGGGAAUGGCCGCUGAGACUGUCCUGCGCAGGAGGCCCUGACUGACAUCCAUGAAGCCUUCCAGAUGCAGCAACCACAAUGCUUGUACAUUGGGGUUUAAGGGAAAAAAAUCAGAAAUGAUAGUGAGAACAGAGGAUGCUCACAAGGGUCGAUCCAGGUUUCAGCUUCCUCUGUGGCUCGUUGGUGCAGAACAGGUGCUGAUUCUUGGUAAUUCCAAUCUAGGAGCGUGGGCGCCUGCCUUAGGUGGGGGACAUGACCUGCACGACCAUGAGCCUGAGGGGAAGAGUGAUUUUUGAUUUUCAUUCUAAUCUUGCUGGUUCCAAGAUUAGAGAAUGGCAUUAUCUGAUCUGUUUGAGAAGACAAAAAUAAAGUUACUCGGGCAGA